CUCACCUACGUCUCUAUCCUCGUUUUUAUUUUUCUUCAAGACAUAGCUUUCUUUGUAGCCACUCUCUUCAUCAUAGUCAUGUAACAAAACCGCAAAUGACACAAACUCCUUAAAAAACACAAACACUCUUUCUUAAUUUCUUCAUCAAUGUGUGUUGUAGACAUGUCCAAUAAUCCUCCUCCUCCUUCCUCUUCUCGUGCCAAAGAUUUCUUUCCCUCUCCAGCUCUCUCUCUUAGCCUUGCAGGGAUUUUUCGGCAUGGUGGAUUGGCGGCGGAAGGUGAAGGGGCGAGUACUAGUAACAUGGAGGUGGAGGAAGGGGAGGAAGGGAGUACCGUUGGAGGUGAUCAACGUGUUGAGGAAAUUAGUAGCGAGUAUUCCGGUCCAACGAGAUCCAAAUCAGAGGAUGAAUUUGAAGGAGAUGAAGAUGAUGAAGGUGGUGGUGAUGGAGAUAAUAAGCAAAAGAAGAAAAAAAGGAAGAAAUAUCAUAGACACACAGCUGAACAGAUUAGAGUCAUGGAAGCGCUUUUCAAAGAGUCACCACAUCCUGAUGAAAAGCAAAGGCAACAACUUAGCAAGCAAUUAGGCCUUGCUCCAAGGCAAGUCAAAUUUUGGUUCCAAAAUCGUAGAACCCAAAUCAAGGCAAUACAAGAGAGACAUGAAAAUUCAUUGUUGAAAACUGAAAUAGAGAAAUUAAGAGAGAAAAAUAAGACCCUAAGAGAGACCAUAAACAAAGCUUGUUGCCCUAAUUGUGGGGUACCCAAUACAAACAAAGAUGGUGCCAUGCCAACUGAAGAACAACAACUACGUAUUGAAAAUGUCAAACUCAAAGCUGAGGUAGAGAAGCUAAGAGCAGCUUUAGGGAAACAUGCAUCAGGAACAAUGUCACCUUCAUGUUCUACUAGCCAUGACCAAGAAAAUAUUAAAAGUUCUUUGGAUUUUUACACUGGAAUUUUUGGUCUUGAUGAAUCAAGAAUAAUGGAUAUAGUAAACCAAGCAAUGGAUGAGCUUAUAAAGAUGGCUACAAUGGAUGAACCAUUGUGGCUACGUAGUUUAGAGACUGGUCGUGAAAUACUUAAUUAUGAUGAAUAUAUGAAGGAAUUUUUAGUUGAAAAUUCAGAUAAUGGAAGGCCAAAAAGAUCCAUUGAAGCUUCAAGAGAUACAGGAGUUGUUUUUGCAGAUCUUCCAAGGAUUGUCCAAUGUUUUCUUGAUGCUAACCAAUGGAAGGAAAUGUUUCCAUGUUUAAUAUCUAAGGCUGCAACAGUUGACAUUAUAUGCAAAGGAGAAAGUUCUAACAAGAAUGGUGCUGUCCAACUGAUGUUUGCUGAGCUGCAAAUGUUAACACCAAUGGUUCCUACUAGAGAAGUGUAUUUUGUCAGAUACUGCAAACAAUUGAGUGGUGAAAAAUGGGCAAUUGUUGAUGUGUCCAUAGACAAAGUAGAAGACAACAUUGAUGCAUCCCUCGUGAAGUGCAGAAAACGACCAUCUGGUUGUAUUAUUGAGGAUAAGUCAAAUGGUCAUUGCAAAGUAAUAUGGGUAGAACACUUGGAGUGCCAAAAGAGUGCAGUUCAUUCGAUGUAUCGCACCAUUGUAAACAGUGGCCUAGCUUUUGGGGCAAGACAUUGGAUUGCGACCCUUCAACUUCAAUGUGAACGUCUAGUUUUCUUCAUGGCAACAAAUGUUCCCAUGAAGGAUUCAACUGGUGUUGCCACAUUGGCUGGGAGAAAAAGCAUUUUGAAGUUGGCACAAAGAAUGACAUGGAGUUUCUGUCAAGCUAUUAGUGCAUCAAGCUUUCAUACAUGGACCAAAGUUACUAGUAAAACUGGAGAAGAUAUAAGGAUUAGUUCUAGAAAGAAUUUGAAUGAUCCUGGUGAACCUCUUGGGUUGAUACUUUGUGCAGUUUCUUCUGUAUGGUUGCCUAUAUCUCCUAAUGUUCUGUUUGAUUUCUUGAGGGAUGAAGCUCGUCGAACUGAGUGGGAUAUCAUGUCUAGUGGUGGGGAAGUGCAGUCCAUUGCCAAUUUAGCCAAAGGACAAGACAGAGGCAAUGCAGUAACAAUCCAAACAAUUAAAUCUAAAGAAAACAAUAUGUGGAUACUGCAAGAUAGCUGCACAAACUCUUAUGAAUCAAUGGUGGUAUAUGCUCCUGUGGACAUUACUGGUAUUCAGUCUGUGAUGACAGGUUGCGAUUCGAGCAAUCUUGCCAUACUUUCCUCGGGAUUCUCGAUUAUUCCUGACGGUCUAGAGUCAAGGCCAAUGGUUAUCACUUCAAGGCAGCAAGAGAAAAACACAGAUGGAGGAUCUUUGUUUACAAUAGCAUUCCAGAUCCUUACCAAUUCUUCUCCUACUGCCAAACUAACAAUGGAGUCUGUGGACUCGGUCAACUCUCUUGUAUCGUGUACAUUGAGACACAUCAGAACAAGUUUAAAUUGCGAAGAUGGUCAGUGUUCGGUUUGGCGAAAAAUAGUCAGUCCUUCUCCCCUUAAGAGUUUUGUUCAUUAUUCCAUUAGAAAGGAAGGUUUGGCCUUAAUAUUAAUUUGUAUCUGCAGCUCUAUGUAGAAAGAAUGACAAAAAGCUUUAGAAACAUCUCUUGUAAAUAAUUAUCACAUUAUUUGUUAGUUCCUUAUGUGCAUGAUUUA